GCCAUUGCUCGCGCCUCCCGGGGGUGCAGCUGGGCUCCUCGGCUUUUUUCAUAGACGCACCAGCAAUUGGAUACAGAAAGGGCAGGCCGGCUGCUCCCUCCUUCCACCCCCCUUCCUGCCCUGGGUGUGGAGCGCCGGCCAGGUGUGGGCUUGGGUGGUUGGUUACCGCCUUUUGCCCUGGCGGCCGCGAGGAGGGGGGUGGGCGCUUUCUUUUUCUCUUGGAAGAGGCUUUUAGCACAGGUUUUCUCGUUCUUACUUCCAACCCCACCUCGCCACCACCCGAACCCCCUCCUCCCCCUCCCCACCUAUCGUCAUGACGGCGUCUCCGGAUUACUUGGUGGUGCUUUUUGGGAUCACUGCUGGGGCCACCGGAGCCAAGCUGGGUUCAGAUGAGAAGGAACUGAUCCUGCUGUUAUGGAAAGUCGUGGAUUUGGCCAACAAGAAGGUGGGACAGUUGCACGAAGUACUAGUUAGACCGGAUCAGUUGGAACUGACGGAGGAUUGUAAAGAAGAAACGAAAAUUGACACCGAAAGCCUGUCUUCCGCGCCGCAGCUGGACCAAGCCCUCCGACAGUUUAACCAGUCAGUGAGCAAUGAGCUGAACAUUGGGGUAGGCACUUCCUUCUGUUUGUGUACUGACGGGCAGCUUCAUGUCAGGCAGAUCCUGCAUCCCGAGGCUUCCAAGAAGAAUGUAUUACUACCUGAAUGCUUCUAUUCGUUUUUUGAUCUUCGAAAAGAAUUCAAGAAAUGUUGCCCUGGCUCACCUGAUAUCGACAAGCUGGACGUAGCAGCGAUGGCCGAGAGUCUAAACUUUGAGAAGAAUGACUCCGUCUCCCGAUACGGAGCCUCUCAAGUUGAAGAUAUGGGGAACAUAAUUUUAGCCAUGAUCUCAGACCCUUACAAUCACAGGUUUUCAGAUCCAGAAAGAGUAAACUACAAAUUUGAAAGUGGUACAUGCAGCAAGAUGGAGCUCAUCGACGACAACACGGUCGUGAGGGCUCGAGGCUUGCCCUGGCAGUCUUCGGAUCAAGACAUCGCCAGGUUCUUCAAAGGACUCAAUAUCGCCAAGGGAGGUGCGGCACUCUGUCUGAAUGCUCAGGGACGGAGGAACGGAGAAGCACUGGUUAGGUUUGUAAGUGAGGAGCACAGAGAUCUAGCCCUGCAGAGACACAAGCAUCACAUGGGGAACCGGUAUAUCGAGGUUUACAAAGCAACGGGUGAAGACUUUCUUAAGAUUGCUGGAGGGACAUCCAAUGAGGUAGCCCAGUUCCUCUCCAAGGAAAAUCAGGUCAUCGUCCGCAUGCGGGGGCUCCCUUUCACCGCCACCGCCGAGGAGGUGGUCGCCUUCUUCGGACAGCAUUGCCCCAUCACCGGGGGAAAGGAAGGCAUCCUCUUUGUCACCUAUCCGGAUGGCAGGCCGACGGGAGAUGCCUUUGUGCUCUUCGCCUGUGAGGAAUACGCUCAGAACGCCCUGCGGAAGCACAAGGACUUGUUGGGUAAAAGAUACAUCGAGCUAUUCAGGAGCACGGCAGCCGAAGUGCAGCAGGUGCUGAAUCGAUUCUCUUCAGCCCCUCUGAUUCCACUCCCAAACCCUCCCAUCAUCCCGGUACUACCUCAGCAGUUUGUGCCCCCCACAAAUAUAAGAGACUGUAUUCGUCUGCGAGGUCUUCCCUAUGCUGCCACUGUUGAGGACAUUCUGGACUUCCUGGGGGAGUUUUCCACAGAUAUUCGGACGCAUGGGGUUCACAUGGUGUUAAACCACCAGGGCCGCCCGUCAGGAGAUGCCUUUAUCCAGAUGAAGUCUGCAGACAGAGCAUUCAUGGCUGCACAGAAGUAUCAUAAAAAGGUCAUGAAGGACAGAUAUGUGGAAGUCUUUCAGUGUUCCGCUGAGGAGAUGAACUUUGUGUUAAUGGGGGGCACUUUAAAUCGAAAUGGCUUAUCCCCACCGCCAUGCCUGUCUCCUCCUUCCUACACGUUCCCAGCCCCUGCAGCCGUGAUCCCUACGGAAGCUGCCAUUUAUCAGCCUUCUCUGCUCUUCAGUCCCCGGGCACUGCAGCCCUCUACUGCAUACUACCCGGCAGGCACUCAGCUCUUCAUGAACUACACAGCCUACUACCCCAGCCCCCCAGGUUCGCCUAAUAGUCUUGGCUACUUCCCUACAGCUGCUAACCUUAGCAGUGUCCCGCCCCAGCCCGGCACGGUGGUCAGAGUGCAGGGCCUGGCCUACAAUACUGGAGUUAAGGAAAUUCUUAACUUCUUCCAAGGUUACCAGUAUGCAACUGAGGAUGGACUUGUCCUCCACACAAAUGACCAGGCCAGGACUCUAUCCAAAGAAUGGGUUUGUAUUUAAGGGCCCGAGCAGUUAGAUCAUCCUCAGAAAAGAAGUGUUUGAAAGACGUAUAGUGAUUCUGAAACCGUCAGACAAGAAAGCUUCCAGCAAUUCCGGGGGAUGUUUGCCUACAUUCGGGCUGCAGUAUUUUCAGCCAGCCCGACUGGACAGCGGGCCUGGGCCUCAUCUUUUGGUGGAGUGAAAAAAGUUGAGCCAGUAAAGCCAAAUCUUGUUGUUUUUCCCCACGUGUACUGGCAAUGCGUUUAUUGACCGUUUAG